AUUCCCACAAAAAAGGUAGCUCGCACGAAUCAGACAGCUAGGAAAUCCACCGGCGGGAAGGCGCCGAGGAAGCAGCUGGCGACCAAGGCGGCCCGCAAGUCGGCCCCGGCGACCGGAGGAGUGAAGAAGCCUCACCGAUUCAGGCCUGGAACCGUUGCGUUGAGGGAGAUCCGGAAGUACCAGAAGAGCACCGAGCUGCUGUUUCGGAAGUUUCCGUUCCAUAAGCUGGUGAGGGAAAUCGCCCAGGAUUUCAAGACGGAUCUGAGGUUCCAGAGCAACGCCGUGUCGGCCCUCCAGGAGGCUACCGAGGCGUACCUUGUUGGAUUGUUCGAGGACACUAACCUCUGUGCGAUUCACGCCAGGAGGGUCACCAUCAUGCCCAAGGAUAUCCAGCUUGCCAGGAGGAUCAGAGGAGGGGAGAGGGCUUAA